AAUGGAAUCCCAGUGUGAUCUGGCACAGUGAUAGGAGGGGAGCGCAGCACACAAGUCCUGGAGGAGGUUUGAGCCAAGAGCACUGUGCUGCCCGACUUUUCAUCGACAUUCGUCCGUCUGUCCGAGCCGCAAAGCAGAGCCAAACGUUCGCGGUGCGUAAUUACGCACGGAUACGACAGUUUCGCGGUGUUCUUGGCUGUGGAAACCCCGCGGACAAAGAAGGGCAGGCGGGCUGGAGUGCAACUGACUUGAGCGGAGAGGAGUACUGUUGGAGGGGAAACUGGAGGAAUCUGGAGUCGGAAGUGAUUUGUCUUUUUUUUUUUUCCAGAAAUGUAACUUACGUCCAGGGUUUUAGGAAAGGAAAAAUCUUUUUGGCGAGAGGGAAAUUAGGAGUGGAUUUAACCUCCAAAAUAACAUCUAAAUCCUCGGAGCAUGGGAGGAGUGGUCUGCCAGCUGUAAAAUGUACCCGCUACACCGAGAGAGAGAGCAGCCCAUCUUCAGUGCCAGAGCUCAUGUCUUCCAGAUCGACCCGGCCACCAAACGCAACUGGCUGCCGGCCAGCAAACAUGCCGUCACUGUGUCCUUCUUUUAUGAUGCCACCCGGAAUGUGUACCGGAUCAUCAGUGUGGGUGGAACUAAGGCCAUCAUCAACAGCACCGUCACCCCCAACAUGACUUUCACCAAAACCUCCCAAAAGUUUGGCCAGUGGGCAGACAGCCGGGCCAACACCGUUUACGGUCUAGGCUUCUCCACAGAGCAGCAGCUGCAGCAGUUUGCUGAGCAGUUUAAGGAGGUGAAGGAGGCAGCCCGUCUAGCCAGAGAGAAAUCCCAGGAGAGGUUUGAGCUGGCCAACCCUGCACUCAACAUUGCAGCUCCACAGCUUUCACAGGAGCUGUCGGAGGACCGCCAUUCACCGCCGCUGCUGACAGUCAACGGGCCCGGGGAGGAAAAGCUGUUUCGCAGCAAGAGUGCUGAAGUGGAGCUGACAGCAGAGAAAGAAAGGGUCAAGAAGAUGUUGUCUGAAGGGUCUAUGUGUGAGAUCAACUUGGAAGCUGAACUCUUCACUCUUCAAGACAGCAAUGCCAAGCUGGUGGCAGCACUGCAGGAAGCUAACAGCAGCGUGGAACAGUGGAAGAAGCAGCUGGCUGAAUACCAGGAAGAGACCGAUCGCCUCCGAGACCAGGUGGCCGAGCUUGAAGCCCAGCUGGGGCGUCCUUCUGCUGGACAGCCUGGUAAAGAGGAGCUGAGCCGGUCACUGGAGGAGUUGGAAGCCCUGCUGCGAGCCAAAGACCAGGAAAUUCACAAUCUACAGAGCAAGAAAACAGAUGUUGGCGAGCUAGAAAGGGAGAGGGAGGAGGCCAUGCAGAGACUCAAGGAUCUGGAGAGACGAAAUGUGGAGCUGGAGGAUCGCGUUCAAAGCUCAGAAAAAACCCUGGCCUGCAACCGGGAGGAGCAGGCGCACGCGGAGGUCGAGGUACGACGGAUCAUUGACGUUCUGGACAUCAAAAUCGGUGACCUGAACAACCUGAGAGAGAGUCUGGCAAAACUGGUCAGCAAGUAGCCACAGCAGGAGCUGGGGUGCAUCUCCACAGUCUCGUUCCCUCCAGUUUAACUGAUCUAACAGCAGAGACGGGAUCAGAGCAACAUGGAGGCAAACACACUAUAGUUGAACUUUCUUUGUUUUUCACCAUCAGUCCAGCAUUGGAAACCUCUUAAAGGUGCUAUGUGCAGAGCAAACCACCUGUGCUGUUUGCCAUUCACACCAUUCAUAUAAAAGUCCUUCUGUUGCUGGUGCCAUAAAAAUGAGCACUUUUCAGACUUUUUUAUCUCCUCAUUCAGACAUGAGUCAGAUUUACAUUAUAGCUUCCCUCAGACGCACCCACAAAGUGAUGCAAUCUUUGCAAUACAUGGAGCAUUGGAGAGUUUUAGUGACUUAAACACACUCUGCCAAUGCUGAAACAUCACUGAGUAAAAAGAGAUCUUGUACUGAGCCUCCUGCAUCGCCCUCCACAUUGCAUUCCUCAGAUUACCUCGCGUCUUGGCGAGCCCUGUCCUCUUUUUCCCUCUGCUAUGCUAAAGUGAUCUGUAAAUGUUACUCGGUCCACCCUAGUAGGAUUGCAGUCGCAACAUAGAAAAGUUACUGCAGUGUUCAUUUGGAUGUAAACCGAUGCAUUCAAAUGCUGUGCGGUAAAUGGAAAGAAGUGCAUGUCCGAAAGUGGCUUUUGUCAAAGUCUGACCUUGUGAUUUUCAGUAGUAAAGAAGAGAGGUGAAGCAUUUCAUCCUAAUGGUACAUAACACCCUGAGUUGAUUACCGUAGAAUUUUGCAAAGGCCGAUAUUGAAGGAAGAUUUUUACCUGACAGGGUUUGUACUGUUCUGUUUUCCUGCAAAGUAGGAAGUCUGAAACCCUCGAACCAUGAAACUGCAGCGCUGUAAGAGCAAGGGUUUCAUCAACCUUGGGAGAGCUGUGAAAUCAAAUAUAAUCUGCUUUUAUAUUUUAUAGCUACAUUAAACAUAAGCAACUUUUCAUAAAUCUCCAUAUUUGGGUCAUAGAAACAAAGUGGCUUUCCAUAAAUGCUUAUUUCAGUGCAGUUUUGGCAGAAGCGUUUUCGCUUUUUUCAGUUCUUAAAUGUACGUAUUUGUCAUGUCUGCUUUUAAAAAGUGACGAUCCUCUGCUGAUACUGUGGAGAUGCACCCGGUAAAAGUGUGAGCUGUGUAAGAGCUUCUGGAAGCAAAGGCCCUGAAUAAACUCUGCUCCAGUUCACCAUCAUCAGCCUAGACUGGUCUGACACCAGCCCGAACAUCUACAAACUCAGAGAUGCAACAACCUGCUCCCAUUCUGUCUCCUCCAUCGCCAGCGUACAACUGUUUUUGUUCAUGUUUUAUAAGGACUGCUCUUUCUCACCACUUACUCUAUUAUUUAUGUUCAUCGAUGAGUUACUCGCAGUUAGGAUGGAGAAAACGGCCACAAAUGUUGCAAAAUUCAAGCUGCAGGAACUGAGUUUGUUAUGGAGAGUAAUAUCAGCAGCUCUGGUCUGUACACGUGCCGUUUUCCCACCCGGACACUGAGAUUGCACUUCACAACGUGUGUGCCAAGUUUUAUUUUGUUUACAUUUGUCCGUGUUCACAAAGUUAUAUAACAAUUCUGCUUAAUGUACUUUUUCCUUGUUGCUUAACACUAUCAGUUACCAUAAUAGUAAUAACCCUAGAGAGAGGCUCGGUGGAGCUGCAGAGUAGAUCACUACAAGAGCCCUGCAUGAGCUCUGCAGAAGCCCCAUACCUGCCAAGAAAUGUGAAGCUGUGUGUGUGUGUUUACUAAUACUGGUUCAAAACCAUUGAUGUGAGGACAUUUGGAACGACCCUAACAACUUUAAAGGGUACUUUAAAGGGACAGUUACCCCCAAAAUGUACAUGUUUUUGCUCUGGUGAGGGUAACGAUUAGAAGCAUCUAUGCAUUCUCUUGAACAUAAUGACCACAAACACAAACAAUGCAUUUGAAAUCAAAGAAAUAGCAGAACGUUUGACCCUGGUACUUUGGUGUGAGCAGGUUUGUGUAGGAGUUAGUUUCUUUCUGCCCAACUGCACUCACCAAUCAAACGAAGAUUGCAGCUAGUCAAGUUUACAACAGAGCUGAGGAGGCUGCUGUUAACGUUUACAUGCUGUCACACUGUUAUGAGUAGAAACUUCUCAUUACAGGUAGAUCCAUUGAUACAGCUGAUAGGCUUGGUUAAGUAGAAAGAAUAUAAAUCUUACAUCAAUCUGCUCACAAGGUAAAACUGCCUUUUAGUUCCGUUAUAUUAACUAGCACAUGCCUGUGCUGUAGGAUUGUUUGCUGUGUUACAGGUGUGUAAAGUCUAAAAUCAGGUCAGUUUAAAAGCCUGUCGCUAGUUGAUUGCCAGGCAAUCUAUACUAUAUCAUAAACAACUGAAACUUUUUGGAUAUAAAUCAGAUGCUAUUGUUAUGAAAUAAUAAGAUUUGAUGCUUUUAUAAGGUGUUAAAUGCUAAAAACAAACAAACAAACAAACAAAAACAGGUUGUUUUAACCCAUUACUAGGUGGCUGUCAUGUGAUAUGGAUAAGAACCUUCCUAGGAUGUACCUGUGUGCCAACUUUAGGUGCUCAAGUACUGGUGGUGUAGGAGGAGCUGGAGGAAACAAAUUUUGCAUAUGAUAAUAAAAUCUGUGUAUUAUAGUAAGAUGGGAAAGUAGAUAUGUCUACAGCUGAGGUCAAAUAGAUUUAGAUGGAUAAAUAAAACUAUUGAUGUAUCUUAUUUUGAGGUGAAAUGUCCCUUAAGGCUUUGCUAAGCACGAGUGUCCUCACAUAAAUGGUGAAACAUGCGAGGAUGUGUGCGUGUAACCUCGGACCGGUCCAGUUAAAAGCACAACUGCAUAAGUUUUAGUAAAUUGGUACUUAAUUGACUUGUCUGUCAGUGCUGUAUGAGAAUUUCUGAUGCACAAUAUCUAUCGAUCUUUGCUUCUUGCCCUGUAAUGAGUCAUUGAUUUCUUCGUAUGACAGUAAUAGUCUAGGUACAAAUAAGGUGCAGGUCUUUGCAGCUGGUGAUGCAGUGACUGCCAGAAUCGUAACAUGUCAAAUUGUGAAAUGUGUUAAUGUAAUAAACUACAAUAUAAUGUAAUAGCAUCCCGUUAUUACCCCCUCUUACUUUCCUUGUUAGUGUUAUAGCAUGUUCAGCUGCCAGUGUGUAUGAUAUACUGAUUUAGGAUUCUCUUAAGUUUUAGUGCAGAUAAUCAAAAGAAUUGCUGCAGCAGUUCUAAUUCUGAAUGUACUAAAUAUGUUAAUAAUGACACAUUUCUGCAUUAUAUUGCUAUUAUCACAUUAACACUUGGUAUAAAGAUUGAUAUUUCAUCACUUUGACAAGUUACAAAAGGUCUGGGGGUUUCUAACAUCAGCUGCUACAUGCAACAAUUAACAAAUUAGCAAUAAAAAAAAUUUAGCUUAAUUGCCUGUUAAUAGUUGAUACACGCAUUUUUUGUCAUCGCUCCACCAGAUUAUGCGAAUUUGCUACCAGCCUUUAGUAAGCAUGAAGAAAACAGGCUAGCAGCUCCUCUCAAUAAGCUCCACAUGAAUGACAUCAGAAACACUUCAAACGGCCUUAUUCCUGUUUGAGCGCUGCACAAUAAUGUGUUAACACAGGCGUAGUUCUUGUGUGCUGCAAGAUUAAAUACUUUUUCCUUUUAGAAUAAGGAUAAUUAAGCAUUUCACAACAUGUGAUUAUGAUACAAAAUAUAAUCAGUGGUCUUAAAACAGACUAAUGUGCAGUAUUAUUGUGUAGCUACAUAACAUGAAAGGAGUAAUCCAACUCAUAUUUCAGGACCUGUUGAGUUAAAUUGCACUUCUGUCUCCUUUUAGAGAUUUGGUGUUUUAUUAUCAUCAUCAUCUGUGGCUGCAAUGAUAAACCACGUUUUACUACUGCACUUUAUGGUUCUGUUCAAAUAUGCCUGUCCUGAAGAGUUAAUAAUACACUUUGAUACCCCUUAUUGUAAAGUCUCACGAUACAUUUUGUGAAAUGCAGAUCACCAGAUGUUUGAAGGAUAUAUUUUUGAACUUGAGUGUGGAUCCCUCAGAAAAUACGGUGGAAUAAGGACUUUUUAAAAAACCGUCUGUUGCCCGCUCUGAGAGAUCGCAGUACCAAAGAUGUCCAACAGAAGCCACAACUGGAAUCGACAAACACCCAAUUUAUGAGUGACACUGAUCUUCAUCUCAUGUCAGCUUUUACCCAUCAUUCAUUGCUUUCUGACACAUUUAACCUUUCAGUAUGACUAAAUACCUCAGAAUAGUUUAGUUCAGGUUAGUCUCAUUGAAGUGUUGUGAAGUACAAGGUACGAAAACUGAAUCUGAGGAGAGCAGGUGCUUGUAUGGGAUUUGUAUAUAAAUGUUUUAAACAUUAAAACUGUCAUGCAAAGUCA